AUGGCGGAAAAGAAGAAUGACCCCUGGGCUUUGACAAUUCCAUGCACAAUUAGGAAACAUAAAUUAGAAAAUGCUCUAUGUGAUCUUGAUGCGAGUAUAAACCUUAUGCCAUUUGCAAUAUAUACGAUCCUUGGAUUGAGUACCCCUACACCAACAUUGAUAAGGCUUUUGAUGUCGAACCGAUCUUUUAAGAAAUCGGCUGGUGUUUUGUUUGACAUGUUAUUGAAAGUUGAUAAAUUCAUACUUUUGAUGGAUUUUGUGGUUUUAGAUUAUGAGAUGGACAAAGAGGUAACCAUUAUCCUAGGUCGAACUUUCCUCGCUGUUGAAAGAGCCAUUUUUGAUUUGGAACUUGGGGAAAUAAGAUUUAGAGUUCAUGAUGGUGAAGUGUCCUUUUGGGCUUGUGUCAUGGAAGAUUAUGACCAAGUUUGCUUCAUGGCUCCCGAGUGCCACACUUAA